AUUUAGGUAUUAUAAAAAGGAAUUGGCAUUUGGCACUACUUCUGUUGAGGUUCGACUACGAGAGUGAAAUUGACUCACACCUGCCUAAAACCCUCCCAUCACUUCCAACACUGACACACCUAUUUUGAGCCUCCAUUUUUGUUUUUCUUCGCAUUUCGAUAGAAACAAGAGAGAAUAGAGAUACUGCCUCCAAAUACCUCGCCGAUUUCUCCAAACACACUCUCGAUUUAUACAUUGUCCGCCCUCCUGCUUGCUUCUCGCUAUCUGUAUCGACUCUCUCUCUCUCUCUCUCCUUCGAAUAAGUGUUCUGAGGCGAUGGCGCAUUUGGUGGCGACGCGGCUGAUUCACGGGUCGUUCGCCGCCAGUCCUGGCUCCGGCGCUACGGAGAACCUCGCCGAGAAGCUGAGACCUAGUUACGGCUUCGCGGCCAAGGCCUUGGCUCAGGCUGAGAGGAGUUGCCGCCGCCGCCGCGGGGGUGUGCCUGUCCGCGCCCCGAUUACGGCGGCAAGAUCUGCGCGUGUGGAGACGGAAGUGAUCCCGGUGUCCACUGACGACGUUUCGAAGGUUGCCGAGCAGAAUCACUUUCUGCAGGGAAUUCCACAACUUGGUAACACAUCUGAGGAUAUGCUGCCUAAGCCUAAUGUGAGGCGCAAGACAAAGAUUGUUUGCACCAUUGGCCCCUCUACCAACACUAGGGAGAUGAUAUGGAAGCUUGCAGAGGCUGGGAUGAAUGUUGCUCGUCUUAAUAUGUCUCACGGAGAUCAUGCAUCACACCAAAAAGUCAUUGAUUUGGUAAAGGAGUAUAAUGCCCAAGCAAAAGACAAUGGUCCUGAGGUUAGGAGUGGUGACUUACCUCAACCAAUCAUACUGGAACCUGGUCAAGAAUUUACUUUUACAAUCCAAAGAGGAGUUGGCACAUCAGACUGUGUUAGUGUAAACUAUGAUGAUUUUGUUAGUGACGUGGAAGUUGGGGACAUGCUCCUCGUUGAUGGUGGCAUGAUGUCAUUAACUGUAAAAUCAAAGACUGCAGAUUCUGUAAAAUGUGAAGUUGUUGAUGGAGGAGAGCUUAAAUCUCGGAGACAUCUUAAUGUUCGUGGCAAAAGCGCAACACUUCCAUCCAUCACUGAGAAGGACUGGGAUGACAUAAAAUUUGGUGUGGACAACAAAGUUGACUUCUAUGCUGUUUCCUUUGUCAAGGAUGCUGCAGUUGUUCAUGAGCUAAAGAAUUAUUUGAAAAAUGCUGGUGCUGACAUCCAUGUCAUUGUAAAAAUUGAAAGUGCAGAUUCGAUACCGAAUCUGCAUUCCAUAAUUACUGCGUCUGAUGGGGCAAUGGUUGCCAGAGGUGACCUUGGUGCAGAGUUGCCGAUUGAGGAGGUUCCUUUGUUGCAGGAAGAAAUUAUCAGAAUAUGCCGAAGUAUGGGAAAAGCAGUGAUUGUGGCUACAAAUAUGCUAGAAAGCAUGAUAGUACAUCCGACUCCUACUCGAGCAGAAGUAUCUGAUAUUGCUAUUGCUGUGCGAGAGGGUGCUGAUGCAGUUAUGCUUUCUGGAGAAACUGCCCAUGGAAAGUUCCCUCUAAAAGCUGUCAAGGUCAUGCACACAGUCUCUUUGCGAACUGAAGACACUAUAGUUGGCACAAAAACUCCUUUGAAUCUUGGACAUGCCUUCAAGAAUCACAUGAGCGAGAUGUUUGCAUACCAUGCAACUAUGAUGUCCAACACACUUGGGACGUCGAUUGUUGUUUUCACAAGGACUGGUUUCAUGGCCAUUUUGUUAAGUCAUUACCGGCCAUCUGGAACCAUCUUUGCUUUCACAAACGAGAAGAGAGUGCAACAACGAUUGGCACUGUACCAGGGAGUUUGCCCCAUACACAUGGACUUCUCAGCCGAUGCUGAGGAGACAUUUAGCAAUGCUUUGGAUUUGUUACGAAAGCAAGAAAUGGUGAAAGAAGGCGAACAGGUUGCUCUCGUCCAAAGCGGCCGGCAACCCAUCUGGAGAUCCCAAUCAACUCAUAAUAUUCAGGUGGCAAUCGAGAUUGGACAUCUGUCGCCUAACCUUACACUGAUGAUGUUAUCGCUUUCCAAUUCGUGCAAAUAUAGCCUUUCAAAGGCUACCCCGGAUAUCCAAACUAUAUCCCUGGUCGAAAAACCUGUUCCACAGCAUCACCCCUCCGCCCAAGAACAGCUGCCGGCCCGGCCCAUCGGCCCACUGAUUCCACCUCGCCACCAAAUUAUCCACACCACUCCUAUAAUCACACUGCGCAUUGUUAUAAAACUGAACCCACACGAAAUCAAACAGCCCAGUCUGAAGAGCCGUGUCCAGGUGCUCGUCCGGGAUAGGGCACUGCGGGGCCGCGGACAGGUAAACCCUUCUCCCCUGAGCCGAGUAUCCCGACAGAGCCCGCGCCAGCUCAUCAAGGUUCUGGCCCGUUCCCGACUCGAUAUUGAAGUCGAUGCCGUCGAGGACAGCGGGGCCCAGGGGCCUCGGCCCGGAGCUGCCGCCCAAGAAGGCGUUCCACAGGUAGUCUGCCACCUGGCGGGCGGAGUCGGGGGUGGGGAGGUUGUAGGUGCCGGUUUGGCCGCCGAGGGAGAGGAGGACGCGUACGCCACCAGCCUGGCAGGCGCGGAUGCCGUCGGUUUGGGACGUGCAGCCGUCGUUGUCUGGGGUGCAGUGGCCGGCGAGGUUGAGGACGGGGGUCUGGCCUUGGCCGAAGGUGGUGAGGAAGGAGAUGAGGACGUAAUCGUAAUUUCCGGUGGCGCAGGUGUCGGCUAG